AAAAAGACAAAAAAAGGUGGUGUUGAACGAUAGAGGGACGAAAAAGGAAGCAAAUAAAGAAAAGCCAAAAUCAUAUCGUCUGAGUGCUUUGCUCAUUCGUUCCUUCAUUGGCUUUUUAUUCUCUCUCAGAGGCAUUUCUACAAAUGCUUUGAUAGAUCUAAAAUGCCUUAAUUGUUGGCACUUUGAGCAGGCUCAGUCCCACACCACCUCCACAAACAAAUUCACGCACGCACUCUCUCUCUCUCUCUCUCUCUCCUGAAAUCCAUUCCAUUUCACCAACCAUGAUUUCGAGCGGCAAGAUCAAAUCCGUCGACUUCUACAGAGUGGGAUAGCGAUUGGAAUGUAUACACUCGAGCUUGCAUCGCUGGGAGAUAUAUGCGAAUCUAAAUUCGUUUGCUCAAAGUCACUGAAGAUUCCGAGAGAUUUGACAGAGGCAUCAUUAUCAGGUGCAGGAUUAUCCAUACUAGCAGCUCUUUUCAUGAUGUUUUUAUUUGGAAUGGAAUUGAAUAAUUAUUUAUCCGUCAGCACCUCUACAUCUGUUAUUGUUGACAAGAGCACUGAUGGGGACUUUUUACGUAUUGACUUCAAUUUAAGCUUUCCUGCACUCUCUUGUGAAUUUGCUUCAGUUGACGUCAGUGACGUGUUGGGAACAAACAGGUUGAAUAUAACAAAAACAAUUCGUAAGUUUUCUAUAGAUCCAGAUUUAAGGCCCACUGGUGCUGAGUUUCACUCUGGACCAAUUUCCGAUUUCAUUAAGCAUGGAGAUGAAGUUGAAGAAGAAUCUGUUGAAGGUUCUGUAGUACUAUCGGCCAAUAAUUUUGAUAAACUUUCUCAUCAGUUCCCAAUUUUGGUUGUCAAUUUUUAUGCUCCUUGGUGCUACUGGAGUAAUCGCCUGAAACCUUCAUGGGAGAAGGCAGCAAAAAUAAUAAGAGAAAGAUAUGAUCCAGAAAUGGAUGGCCGUAUUCUUUUGGGAAAGGUUGAUUGUACAGUAGAAGGUGACUUGUGUAGGAGGAAUCAUAUACAAGGGUAUCCAUCCAUUCGCAUUUUUCGUAAAGGAAGUGAUGUCAGGGAUAAUCAUGGGCACCAUGACCAUGAAUCAUAUUAUGGGGAUCGAGAUACAGACAGCCUGGUUAAGACAAUGGAAGAAUUGGUAGCACCCAUCCCGGUGGAGUCUCAUAAGCCAUCUUUGGAGGGUAAAGUUGAAAAUACAACAGAAAGUGCAAAAAGGCCAGCACCAAAGACAGGAGGAUGUAGAAUUGAAGGCUAUGUGCGUGUGAAAAAGGUUCCUGGAAACCUUAUUAUUUCAGCUCAUUCAGGAAGUCAUUCCUUUGAUGCUGCUCAGAUGAAUAUGUCUCAUGUCAUAUCACAUUUUUCAUUUGGUAAGAUGAUUUCACCCAGGGUGAUAAGCGAUGUGAAGAGACUGGUACCUUAUCUUGGCGGAAGCUAUGAUAGAUUGAAUGGUCGGACAUUUAUAAAUCACCGUGAAAUAGGUGCAAAUGUUACAAUAGAGCAUUAUCUUCAAGUAGUCAAAACGGAGGUCUAUACAAGAAGGUCCUAUAAAUUAAUUGAGGAGUAUGAGUACACAGCGCACAGCAGUUUGGUGCAGAGUCUACACAUACCUGUCACAAAAUUCCAUUUUGAGCUCUCUCCCAUGCAGGUUCUGAUAACAGAAAACCAGAGAUCCUUCUCACAUUUUAUCACAAAUGUGUGCGCUAUUAUUGGAGGCGUUUUCACGGUAGCAGGAAUAUUGGAUUCAAUUCUGCACAACACUCUUAGACUGAUGAAAAAAGUUGAACUAGGCAAAAAUUUUUGAUAGGUAGGUGAAAUUUCUCUCGUGUAAAAGAAAUUCUAAUUUUCCUAUAUCCAAAUUUAGUGAGGAUUAUUCUGUUAAAUGGUGGCGCAAGAUUUCUCUUAUUGUGUGUGGAAUGAAGCAGAGGAUCCAACCACGGCUUCUACUAUAGGAAAUUAAUUCAUAGUGGAACAUCAAACAUGUUUGUUCAUAAUGAAUGCAAGUUUUGCGUUUCGUUU